UUAUGGAUGCACUCAGGCGUUAGCUAAACAACCCGGGGUUUAAUGUCUUUAAAGAGUGUUUUCUAAUGUGAGGAGGGUCUCUGUGUGGAACAUGUCGAAAGGAGACUCUCUGAGGGGGUUCGUGACCGACAGGCUCGCCGCUGCUUCCCGCGAGAUCUCCGCGGUGGUCGACAGAAUCGUAGCCGAAUAUGAGGAGGAGGCGUCGGGCUUCAGACUGGAGAUCGACCGGCAGAGGAAGCAGCUGGAGGUCCUCCUGCAGACCCGGGUCUCUCCGCAGCCGCCCCGGGUCUCUAAGCCGCCCCGGGUCUCUCCGCCGCCCCGGGUCUCUCCGCAGCCGCCCCGGGUCUCUCCGCCGCCCCGGGUCUCUCCGCAGCCGCCCCGGGUCUCUCCGCAGCCGCCCCGGGUCUCUCCACCGCCCCGGGUCUCUCCGCCGCCCCGGGUCUCUCUGCACAAAGCAGAUGUGAAGCGCAGCAGGAGAACCGGGUCUGAUGAAGAAGACUGGACUUCUCAAAGUCCAUCAGGGUCCGGUUCUGUCAGAGGUCAGUCUAACAAGAGGGGGCCCAGCAGACCCCAGAACCAUGUAGACCUGAGGAUCCGGAUCUUGGAGGACCCCAAGACCCAUGUGCUCUCAAACAGUGCUCUGAAGAAGUGUCCUCUGCUGAAGCUGACGUGUCCUCGAGGUCUGAAGGAGGAGGACCUGGUGGACCUGCUGAGGUCCAGUUUCCCUCAGCUGAGUGGAGAAGACAAACGUUUUGACAUCUUGACCUGUGAUAAGAGGAGACGACUGAAGAGAGUGACGUCAGAACAGAUGGACGGACACUCGAGCUGCACAGAGUCCAAGACACUGCCGCUCUUCAUCCGCCUCAAGACACAAAAUGAACCUCAGGACAACGAGGACAUCUGUCCUCUCCAAGAAAACAGAGACUCUGAAGACGCUGUGUUGACGUGUGAUAAAACCAGCGGCGCUGGUCAGGAGGUCGACGCCAGCGGAGCGGAGGCGUCGUGCAGCUCGAUGUCGCACCAACAAGACGUGGACACAGAGCACGCCAACGAUGACGGUCGAGAGUUCAUCCCAGAACUCUACGAGGACUUUGGAGCGUGCUCAGCUGAAAACAGUAAAGAGGAAGAGAGCGAGGAACAAAGAGCGCCCGGUGACAGCGGCGAGGAGGAGUGGAAACCAGACGAGGGCGAGGAGGAGGUGAAAGAGAGCGACGCUGAGCUGCAGCCGAAGACGACCAAGAAACAAAGAGUGCGACGCUUCAAGGCGACGGAGAAACAGCGCACGUGUAAAGUGUGCAGCGUUUUGCAGAAAUCAGAAGCGGCGCUCGUCAAACAUGCCUGGAGUCACGUGGACGAUCCGAGGAGUCUCUGUGGCGUUUGUGGAGAACGUUUCCCGUCUGAGGCGGCGCUGAACGAACACCUUCUGACUCGCCACAAAACAGCGGACUGCCACGUCUGCGGCGAGUCGUUUUUAAGCGUCCUCGGCCUGAAUGAGCACGUGGCGGUGCACUCGGGGGAGAAAACGUACGAGUGUGACGUCUGCCCCGAGACGUUCGCGUUGAAGGCGACGCUCGAGAAUCACAAGAAACGCCACGAAGCCAGAAAGACGCAUAAAUGUCACACGUGUAAUAAAGUGUUCGAGGCGAGGUCGCAGCUGAACGCUCACCGCGUCACGCACACUCAUCUCUGCGGCGUGUGCGGGAAGUCGCUCAGUGACUACAGGUCGUUAUCACGCCAUAAGAUGACGCACACCGGGGAGAGGCCGCACAGCUGUGAGACAUGUGGGCGGAGCUUCAAACUGGCGGGGACGCUGAGACAACACGAGAAGAUCCACACGGAGAGAGAGCGAGCGUUCCUCUGUGACGUCUGCUGUAAGAUGUUCCUGAGCAGCAAACAGCUGACGCUCCACAUGAGGACGCACACCAACGAGAAACCCUUCCACUGCGCAGAGUGCGGGAAGGGCUUCACCACCAAGGGGCCUCUGACAGUCCACAUGAGGGUCCACACGGGGGAGACACCGUACCGCUGCCCCGACUGCGGUUGGUCCUUCAAACGUAAAGUUCACCUGGAUAACCACGUGACGGUGCACUCCGACCUCAAACCGUUCGUUUGUGGGAUCUGCGGGAAGGCGUGCGCUCGCAAAGUCUACCUGAAGGUCCACAUGAGGACGCACAACGGGGAGAGACCGUACAAGUGCACCCUGUGUGAGAAAGCCUUCACGCAGAGUCACUGUCUGAAGAGUCACCUGAAGAGUCACCUGACCCAGGAAGCUGUGACCUCCUGACCCGGGCGCCGUUUGAGGAUCAGAUCUGUGAAGGUCGGAUUGUUCUACUCCACUUAAAGUCUUAAAAUGUAGAAAUCCAGUCUAUCCUCUGUAAAUAACUCUGUGAGUCAUGACUGUCUACAAUGGGUGUAACACCCGAGUCCCAC